AUGGCGGUGCCGUCUGAAUCGCCCCCCAAACCUCAGUCCAAGGCGAAAGCAAAUCGCCGAAAGGUUAAGCACCGUAGGGCUAACCGCGAUGGCUCCCCGCAACUCCAGUUUGUCACAGCGACCAAUCCCCUACAGUUCAAAGAUGAGAGCGUCAAAAGAAGCGUGCGUUCUCAAGCCAUGAUUGCCUUCCGGAACAAGAACCGAACGAAGCUGAAGCUGAAGAGUCUGAAAACGCCCGAGAAAGCCCCGACUGGGGAAGAAUCACUCGUAAGUGGACCAUCAACGACCAUUGCGUUGCACGCGCAUAUGGUCGGCGUCACACCGGAUCUUUUCGGACCCCAAGUGGUUGAAGAAUACGAUGAAUUUCCCCGGUACCUGUAUCCGUCGACAUCGCCAGCAUGGUGGAGUACAACCUCACAGUCUGAACCAUUUUCCGACACCGAAGAAACGGACUAUGCGCUAGCCAUUCGGGGAUCGAGCAAUAGUAGAUCGAAUUCGACAGGUUCUAUCAGAGUCGUUGAGUAUGAAGAUAGCGACAGCCACGAGGAUCUCCAGAUGCGUCUCUUGGUGGGCAAGCUGGCUACCUCCCUCCGUAUCGGUGAUGGCGUUGAUCCAUUCAAUGUGCUGCCGCAAUUCCAAAACCCAAAGUUAAACUCGCUUUACCUGUUGCGCAAAUGCGUGCGAGCCUUCGCUUCAGACUCGACCAUUGCAAAGUGGCUCCCAGCCCUGUUAUCUCACCCACACAUCAUGCUCAGUUCCACACUUCUAGCAUCUACAUGGCUCGACAUGCAUGCAGGAUGCUCAGGAGAUAGCGAGCGGACAAGCCUGGUCAAAAAGGAGACGAUAAACAUGAUCAAUGAACGAAAAAGCUGUUCCGACACAAACUACGAAGACGCAACUCUUAUGGUUAUCUUACAUUUGCUCGCUGGAGAAAUGUGGAGCUGUAACGAGAAGAUCUUGCGUUUUCAUGAAUCUGGUGUUGCGAAAUUGAUCGCACAGCGCGGUGGGAUGCAAUCUCUCGAAAACGGAACAGUGGGCGAGGUAGCCGCAGCAUGCUGCUAUCAUUGCGAUGUCUUUUGCGAGGCAGAUUCGUUGUCAGUUUUCCGUGACUGGAACCCACCCAAUUACGCCCUGGGCGAUGAUACCGCUGCCAUACCAGAGUCUCCGCUAUUUUGCCCGAGGCCAGAAUUCGCUACCAUUGUCAACGAUUCGCAUUGCUCCCGAUUUACACACGACCUACUUUGCGACAUGCGCGACUUGACCGAUCUCUUCCUUACACAUCAUGCAGAACUGGAAGUCAUCUUCGAUAUCGAUGAGGGAGAGAUGAGGCGCCUGAGCUCUGCUUCUGUCGACUAUGACAUCAAAGUCGCCGAGAUACGUGAACGAUUGGCCUCUCUGCCCUCAGCUUAUAUACCAGGCCUCCCAAUGUCAAAUGAUUGGGUCUACGAGGCGUGCCGCAUCACCGCAUUGAUUUAUACGACCUCUAUCAUCAUGCGUGUGCCCUUCUCAGUCGCUGCAGAUCCAUGUCAAAAUCUCGUGUUCUCCGAUUCAAGAGCACUCGCGAAUGCGCAGGCUGGUGGGCACAUGCUUCCCAUUCGCCUUACCGAAGCCUUAUACGAGGUUAUGGAGCGCACUGACACAUCGAAUAUAUGGGACGACAUGUCGGGCGUUCUCUACUGGGUUUGCUCUGUUGGUGCUGCUGCUGCCCGUACACCUGCUUCGAUCAACAUGGCACAACAGUCCAGAUUUCUUAGCCACGGCUAUGCGGUGUGGAUACGCCGAUCCCUCAUCAUGUUCUCUACGCGUGCCAUGAUUGUCCUAGUCUUCCAACAUCCACUGCCUGUCAUUUUGGCACAGAGAAGGUUGCUGAAGGUACAGAAGCUUAUCCGCACGGGCGGCACAAGGCCGCUUAGAUCCUGA